UUUUUCAGAUUGUCACAAACUCCUCCCUCUCUUCGACUUGUUUUCGCUUCCACUCCAAACAUGUCGAAGGAUCAUCAUCAAGCAAUCGCAAUCAACGAUGCGGUUCACAAGAUCCAACUCUCUCUCCUCAACGGCAUCACUUCCCAAACCCAACUCUCCUCCGCAAGAGCCUUAAUGUCUCAAUCAGACUACGAAGACGUCGUCACGGAACGAAACAUCGCCAAGCUCUGCGGCUACCCUCUCUGCAGAAACUCCUUACCUUCAGAUGUUUCAAGGAGAGGGAAGUAUCGUGUUUCUUUAAAGGAGCAUAGGGUUUACGAUGUUGAGGAGAGUAGGAAGUUCUGUUCCGCGGGUUGUCUCGUUAUUAGCAGAGGGUUUGGGAAGAGUUUGGAGGAGGUUCGUUCCUCGGAGUUUGAUGUGGGGAAGCUUAGUGAGAUUCUUGGUUUGUUUGGUGGUGGUGGUGAGAAUUUGGAAGAGUCUCUGGUUGUGAAAGAGGGUUUGGGAUUGGGUGAGCUCACUAUUUGUGAGAAGAGUGAUGUGAGAGGUGGAGAGGUUUCUCUGGAGGAGUGGAUGGGUCCUUCUAGUGCUGUUGAAGGUUAUGUUCCUCUUGAUAGAAGUAAUUGCAAAUCAAAUGAUGGUAAAAAGGAUUCCAAGGCUAAGAAUAAACAAAAGAAGCAGGAGGAUCCGUCUUUUAGCGAGAUGGGUUUCACUAGCACUGUUAUUAUUCCUGAGGAGUGUAGUGUAAACAAUUGCAAAACCAAACAGGAUUCCAAGGCUAAGAAUAAACAAAAGAAGCAAGAGGAUCCGUCUUUUAAGGAGAUGGGUUUCACUAGCACUGUUAUUAUUCCUGAGGAGUGUAGUGUUUCAAAGCUUCCACCACAGACUGAACAACCUUGUCCUGUAGUGAAACCUGAGGAUGGCCAAGGGAAAACACCAAAAGAAUCGAGGUUUCAUCGUGAAAAAGAAAAGGAAAAGAUCGAUUUUGCGAGCUUUGGGUUUGAUGCAAUGGGUUGUGCGAGCUCUGUCACUGCUAGUGAUGGAUACAGCGUUGAAUACAGCGUGUCUAAGCAGCCACCAUGUUCAACAGAAGACUCUCUUAGUGGCCAAUUAAAAGAUGGUGUCAAGACUUCAGAUGAGAAAUGUUCCUCUUCUGCCUCUAAAGAGAAGGGGUUUAAGCGUCCACCACGACGCAAACAAGUUUCUCAUGUAGGGGAAUCAUCAAGCAAAGGGAAAACAGUUAUAACAGCCAUUGAGAAGGACAUUAAAAAUUCUCUGGUUGGUGAGAUGGGUGUAAUGAGCGAUGGAUAUACUGUAGAAUAUAGUGUGUCUAAGCAGCCACCAUGUUCAAUGGAAGAUCCUCUAAGUUCUCAGACGUUAGACAAGAAAGAUGCUCUACUAGGAUCAUCCUCUGGUUCUAACACAAAAGUGUAUUCAUCAAGUGAAACCGUCACUAAAUCAUGCCUUAAAGUGUCUGGCUCCAAGAAGCUUGCUCAUUCAGUUACUUGGGCUGAUCAAAGUGACGUCCGUGGUGAUCUUUGUGAGGUUAGAAGUGAUGAUACCGAGACAGGUCUUACUUCUACUGAUACAGAGGAUGUCAACAGUGCAUCACGCCUUGCAUUAGCAGAAGCAUGCGCUAAGGCGUUGAGCCAAGCUGCUGAAGCUGUUUCUUCAGGAGGUUUAGAUGCUAGUGAUGCCGCUGCAAAAGCUGGAAUCGUCUUGUUGCCAAGUACACAUCAACUUGAUGAAGAAGUUUCUGAGGAGGAAGUGACUGAAGACAGUGAAGAGGAGGAGGAAGCAACUCUUCUGAAGUGGCCAAAUAAGCCUGGGAUGCCAGAUUCUGAUUUGUUUGACCGUGAUCAAUCUUGGUUUGAUGAAACUCCAGAGGGAUUCAAUCUAACUCUAUCAACUUUUGCUAUGAUGUGGGACUCACUCUUUGGAUGGGUAUCAUCAUCUUCUCUGGCUUACAUCUAUGGGAAGGAUGAGUCUGCUCAUGAGGAGUUCUUGUCAGUUAACGGGAAGGAGUACCCUAGGAGGAUUUUUCUGGGAGAUGGAUCUUCAUCAGAGAUCAAGGAGACAAUUGCUGGGUGUCUUGCAAGAGCUGUAUCUAGAGUUGCCACUACUCUCAAGCUGCCAAUAUCUAUAUCCGAGCUUGAAAAGGGACUGGGAAACUUGUUGGAGACAAUGUCUUUGACAGGGGCGGUUCCGUCUUUUAGGGUUGAACAAUGGCUAGUGAUUGUACUUCUGUUCUUGGACGCGUUGUCUGUAGCUCGCAUUCCUCGGAUUGCACCGUAUUUAUUGAACAAAACCAAGGUGUUGGAAGGAAGUGGGAUUGGUAAUGAAGAGUAUGAGACAAUGAAGGAUAUUCUAUUACCGCUUGGCCGUGUUCCUCAGUUUGCUACCCUAAGCGGGGCUUAGACAAAACCCGGUUUAAGGUUAACCGGUGGAAUAAGAAAACAAACUUUGGAAAUAUGAAAAAUCAUUCAAAAGCUGGCUUAUGUUAUUAGUCUAAGAUGGUGUUGAUUCUUGACGAUGUAUGAUGACACUCAAUGAGUUCUUUCUCUAUGCAUGUGAGAAGAAAACAAUGAUAUUGACCAAAGUAAUUUUACUUGUUUAGUGUUUUGUUUG